AUGGCUUUUGAGUGGAACGGUGUUAUGUCCGACAUUGUCACAGGAAUAGGUACCCUUGGUGGUAACAGAGCAAUUUCAAAGGGUUCAGAGGUGCAGAAUUCUGAGCAUUGGGAAGGGGAAAAGACAGGAGUACCUAUAAAGCAUAGUGGAGAAUGGGAUGAUAACGAUAAUUUCAUAAAUUUUCAUGUUGAUACAAUUCUAAUAAAGACCUAUAGGAAAUUUGAACAACUUCUCCGAGAAAUUGCAAAGCAACUGCAAAAGGACAGUAAAACAAUAGUUAUUCAGUAUGCCAUUGCUCAAGGAUAUCCACCAAUUACAAUUUGCACCGAUAUGAGUGUUAGUGUUUACAUGGAAUUGAAAAUAUCAAGUGCGGGGAUGACAACACUUCCCCUGUGUGUGUCGUUUGCUAAAAACACUAUAGUUGCAAGCAACUCCAGUUUCGAUGUUGCUCCAAUUUCAUUAGAAAUUGCAGAAUUUGAAAGCACUGAUAUGAUUACUACUUGUUUAACUGACAAGAGAUUUUGUUCACAAAAGCAAGCUGUCUCAGCUUUUGUUGCACCUGUGGUACAAGAUAAACUUGUUGACCCGAAAACCAUAUAUACACCAACAGAUAUCCAAAGAGAUAUCCAAAAAGCAUAUGGUAUGGACUUAAGCUACAUGCAAGCAUGGAGAUCAAAAGAAAAAGCAAUGCAAUUAUUGAGACGAUCACCAAGUGAGUCAUACAAGAAAAUGCCAACAUAUCUUUAUAUGUUAGAGUACGCUAACCCAGGAUCAGUGACACGACACACUGAAGGAGAUGGGAGCUUCUUGUAUGCAUUCAUAGCUAUAUAUGCAUCGAUUAGAGGAUGGGUCUAUUGUAGGCCAACAGUUGUAGUUGAUGGAAGUUUUUUAAAGUCAACAUAUAGAGGGACCAUACUCACGGCUUCCACGCAAGACGCAGAGGGACAAAUUCUACCCCUCGCAUAUGCAAUUGUUGAUUCGGAAAAUGAUGCAUCGUGGGAAUGGUUCUUCGUGCAGUUCAGAGAAACCUAUGGACAAAGAGAGGGAAUGUGCAUUGUAUCAGACAUGCAUGAUGCUAUAUGGAAAGCAACUUUAAUUGUCUAUCCAGAAGUCCCUCAUUGUGCAUGUAUGUUCCAUCUGUGGAACAACAUAAAGACAAACUUCAGGAAGAGCCAAAAACAAAUCAAAGAAGUAUAUUUUGCGUUAGCAAGAGCAUACACUGUUGAAGAAUUCAACAGGCAUAUGGCAGAGUUAGAAGCUAUUGAUAGUAGAGUGAAAACAUACCUGAUGGAUAUUGGAUAUGAUAAAUGGUCUCAGGCGCAUUCCAAGGCAAAUAGAACCAUGACCAUGACAUCGAAUAUUGCGGAAUCAAUAAAUGCAACAAACAAGCACGCAAGAGACCUCCCAGUUGUGAAUUUGCUUGACUUUAUGACAACAUUGAUUCAAAAAUGGAAUUACACAAAUCGGAAGGAUGCAGUGGAAUCAUUUAUGAAGAUUGGUGCAAAGUAUGAAAAAAUAUUGGCAGAUAAUACUAUCUUAUCACAGAUGAUGACGCUAGACGAUAUUCCAUGUCCACAUGCAAUGGCAGUUAUACAAAAAUUCCAUAUGGAUUCAUACAAGUAUUACUCGGAUUACUACAGCAUAGACUACUUGCUGAAAACAUAUGAGAUACCAGUAAAUCCAUUGCCUGAUGAAACAACGUGGCAAAUUACAGAACAUGUAUCUUCGUAG